AUGAAAUCACUUCAUCUUCAUGAAUUUAUUAUUGCUUUUCAAGAAUUAUCAAAAUUUUUCAAUCAUCUCAAUAGAGUUUUUUCUUUUAUUGCUUAUGACCUUGCUGAUAAAUAUGAUAUUAUUGAGAAUCUCUGUCAAACUAAUCCAAUAGAUUAUUGUACUAUUCAAACAAUGAUUGAAUAUGAAAAAUUUCGAGAUGAUAAAACAGGAACAAUUGCCCUAUUACGUUUAUUAAGAGCUUUAGAAUUUAUUUAUCUUUUCUUAAAACAAGCUAUUAUUUCACCAAUGAAUUCUUCAACAACAAAACAUAUUGCGUGGGAUGUAUAUAAACAAACUUUACAUAAACGACAUAAUAAAGCUAUUCGAUUAACAAUUUGGUUUGCAACAGCAACAAUACCUAAACGUGAAAUAUUAAAAGAAACUUUAUUACAUGGUGAAAUUGAACCUAAUACAGCUGAUAAAUGUUUUCCAUUAAUUGAAAAUAUUUAUCGUAAUAUUUAUGAAUUAUAUGAAGAAAAUGAUCUACUUGAAUUAGUUUCAUUGUGA